AUGGAUGUUCUCUUUGCGGUUGAGCCUGAGGACAGGAAAGUACCUGGGCAGUUGUUACAGCGGCUCGUCCUAACCAAUAAGGAACAAUGGGAAAGAUAUCUCAUUUUUCAAGAGUAUAAGGCGUAUAUACUAUACAAGCUACUGCAAAAUAAGGAGAAUGCAAAGGAGGCUGCUACUAUACCAGAAGUGAGAGAAUUCAUCGAAAAUGGUGGAAAAUAUGUCCCGUACGAAAGCAUCAACCCAUUGAAAGCGAAAAUGUAUAGUUGCGAAACGCAUGAUACUCUAUUGAAGUGUGCAAGACUUGUUAAUCAGGCAGUUAAGGAUACUGGAAAAAAAUACUUAAAAUUGGAUUUCACUUGUGAUGUGAAGAACAUAUUUUACAUUUCACUUGGCGAAAAACGCAUGUCAGAAUUGAUGUUGAAGUUACCACGCAGACAAAUAAGGGAAUCUCCCACUUUAGAGCGGAAACUGGACUAUCGCACUUUUGAGGUUAUUACUUCUGUUACGCGCAAUAAGAGGAAUAUGGAUGGCCGAGUUGGUGCACAGGCUGGAAGAACACAUCAUACAAAUGGGAAAAUGAAGAUGAAAAAUUCGAGCGGAAAGUUAAAAGAAGAGGCGAUCGAGCGGAGGAUUGCAGAAUGUGUGAAGGAUGAAGCCUUUCAGCAAGAGUUAAAGCGCGAGGUGGAAAAGGCCAGGAUGGAAGCUCGGACUAAUAUGCAUAAAGAAGUUGAAGCAGAGAAGGUACUGAUUCAGAAGAGCUUUGACGAGAAACUAAAAGCCCCGAAGAAAACUGGAGAUGAACAUACUUCGACUAAAGAACUUCCUCCUACCGUGGCGGUAGUGAAAGAAUCAGAAGCUGAAGCUCUGAGGAAAGAGAAAAAAUUGGAAAGUCUGCGCAAAAUAGCUGAGGAAAGGGAGAAGUAUCGGUUUACGAAUGCGAACUGGAGGGUCACCUACACAUACCGGGUUGGUAGCGACUACUGGCCGAGCUGA